AUGCAGACGGAUGCCUACGAUGGAAGGAAACUCAGCGUCUUUGUGGAAAUGAUGGCUUGUUUCCGUCAGAUGGGCGAAUGUGCGGUUAUAGUUUCAAAUUUCACCAAGACCCUGGAUAUGCUGGCUUCGUUAUGCGCUUCUCUUGGACUAUGUGUGCUAAGAUUGGAUGGCCAAACACCGACAUCAGACAGACAAGCCCUAGUUUCACAGUUCAAUUCCGAAAGAAAUCCUGAAAAUGUUUUCCUGCUUAGCACAAGAGCCGGCGGUGUGGGUCUAAACCUCAUUGGAGCUUCACGUCUGAUACUAUUCGACUCUGACUGGAACCCAGCCUCUGAUCUGCAAGCCAUGGCGAGAAUUUGGAGAGACGGACAAACGAAACCGUGCCACAUUUACAGGCUGGUAACAGCAGUAAGUUGA